AUGGAUCCGCGUGCGCCACCAUCGUGGAACGAUGUUGACGUAUUCCUAUGUGGAGUGCAAGAUUCCUUUCCGAUUUCAAGCAAUACACAGCCUACUGCUGCAGUCAGCACUAGUCAUGAUCCUCUACCUGAAGCCGCGCGGAAAGUGGACGCCCCCAAAAUUCUUGGUCACCACAUCGUAACGGAAGAGUGUCUCACGUCAAUAGUGGGGGACCGGGCUUUCUAUGAACUCCCCGUACUACAUAUUAGUGCUGGAAAAAACAAUACAUUUGCCACAUUGACUGAUUGUAACGGCCGUAUUUUAGAACGAUCAAGCUGCAGUGCGGAGGGCUUUCAGAAUGCGCGUAAAAAAACAACAGUGGCUGCUCAAACUUUGGGAAUUUCCAUGGGUUUUAAGGCUCAAAAAAUUGGAAUCACUACUGUUCGAGUCAAAAUGCGUGGGCUUGGAUCUGGUCGACUGCCUACUUUAUCAGGGGCCGCACUAGCGGGCUUACAAGUGGUCUCGUUGACUGACGACACGAGCAUGCAUUACGGUCAUGGAAAGCGACCCCGAAAGAUGAGGAGGAAAUGA